AUGGAAAAGGAGGAUGGGAAGAAAAUGCAUAAAGUAAUUUGAAGUUUAUGUUAACAUUUGUUAAGUUUUUUUGUAAAAAAAUAAAUAAUAUUUUUUUAAAAAAAGAAAAGAAAAAGAGUUGCUUGGUUGAGAACUCUUCCUUGAGACUCCUCCCCAGCACAUUGUGUCUGACCUAGUCCUGGGGUCCCCACCUUCUUUUUCUUCUUUGGCGAUCACUCAUAGCCAGGUAAGAUUCUUCCAUGAAUACGGUCUUAACAGUGAGUCUGUAAGUGACUAUGGAGGUCAAUUCUGGAUUCACAUGUCCUUCCACAGAUGUUUCUCCCUUUCGUCCUGAGUUUGAGCAUCUUCAAAGUCUAUGACACCUUUGGUAAAGGCUGUUCCACAAUUGGAGCACUGGCAGGCCAGUGUUUCCCAGUUGUUGGUGUUUAUAUGACUUUCUUUAGAUUUGCCUUGAGAGAGUCUUUAAACCUCUUUUGUUGAGCACCAGUAUAACGCUUUCUAUUUUUAAAUUUGGAAUAGAGUAGUUGCUUUGGAAGACAAUAAUCAGGCAUCCACACAACAUGACCAUUCCAACGAAAUUGAUGUUGAAGAAUCAUUGCUUCGGCACUGGUGAUCUUUGCUUCUUCCAGUACAUUGGCAUUAAUUCGCCUGUCUUCCCAAGUGAGAUGUACAUUUUUUCAGAGACUCCAUUGAUAGAAUCUUUCAAGGAGUUGGAGAUGGCAUUUAUAAGUGGUCCAUGUUUCACAAGCAUACAGUAGGGUUGGUAGUACAACAGCUUUAUAAACAAGCAUUUUUGUUUCCCUGCAAAUGUCCCGGUCCUCAAACUCUCUGCACUUCAAUCAGGAGAAGUUGGAAGCUUUCCAAGUUGGUUGCCAUCACUGCCUUCUGUGGUAGUGAGUUCCGCAGUUUUAACUAUGUGCUGCAUGAAUAAGGGUUCUGGUGUUAUGAGAGAAAUGUUUUGUUAUUUGUUUGUUUAUUUAUUUAUUUAUUUUAUUUAUAUUCCACCCUAUCCCCAGAUGUUUCAGGGCAGCUCACAGAACAAAACUAGAACACAAAAUCGCAAAAUAUAUAAUUAUCCAUCUGCAAGGAUCUUAUGAUGAGCAAUUGUAACAAGUAUGGCUAUGGAUCUUUGCCAAGGGUUUCAUAAGAAACACCCUUUCUUUUUUUUUAAAGCAGGCAAAUUGACCCUGCCACUGAAUAGAAGAUUAAUAUGUAAGGCAAAACAUCCCAUGAACCAGCACAAAAGAGGCAGUUUUAUUGAUUUUAGAAAGAUUGGAGGUGGUGGUGGGAGAGGGGAGGGAGACAUGAGACUUUUGCAACUGCUGAGCUAUAAAAAGCAGCUCAGCCAGCAAAAGGAGCCGGAAAUCAUGUUGAUGAGUGCCUGAGAUCCUGAUGAGGUUGCUAAAACCCAGCUCUGGAGCUUGCAUUUCUGCAGCUGAGCAGCUGAAAGCAGAUGCAUAAAGCAUCAGUUUAUAAAACACACCCUGUUCAUCUGAAAUGUGGACAUUGAAAGAGCACCUUUGACUGAAGAAAAUAUCCUUUAUAAAAAUUUAUCUCUUUAGUCUCACUGAAGAGGAUGUCCCUAUUUUCACUGGAGAAAUGUUGGAGGGCAUGCAAUAAAUUAGAUGGGCCGCGGCAUCUGACUUGGUAUAAGGCAGCCUCCUAGGGGACCCAGGUGGUGCUUGGUCUAAACCACUGAGCCUCUUGGGCUUGCUGAUCGGAAGGUCGGCUGUUCGAAUCCCCACAAUGGGGGUGAGCUCCCAUUGCUCUGUCCUAGCUCCUGCCAACCUAGCAGUUUGAAAGCACGCCAGUGCAAGUAAAUAAAUAGGUACCACUCUGGUGGGAAGGUAAACUGUGUUUCCGUGCACUCUGGCACUCGUAACGGUCCUCCGUGCGCCAGUAGCGGUUUAAACCUGCUGGCCACAUGACCCGGAAAGCUGUCUGUGGACAAACGCUGGCUCCUUUGGCCUGAAAGCGAGAUGAGCACCACAACCCCAUAGCUGCCUUUGAUUGGACUUAGCCAUCCAGGGGUCUUUUACCUUUUACCUUAAGGCAGCCUCCUGUGUUACUAUGUAAUGUACAUUUAAAGCAUAUGGAUUCUCUUAAAGAACUUGUUUGUUAGGGGUGCUGGGAAUGGUAGCUCUGUGAUGGGUAAACCAGUUUAAAGGAUUAUUGGGUUGGGGGGAGCUAUGUGAUUUAAAUCUAUGGUGUAAUGCCCUCAGCAGUGAAUUUUAUAUUUAGAAAUAGGGAAGACACCUAGUGUUACAUGGGAAAAGUGUUGAGGUGUGAGGGAUAAUCAACCUGUAGCCCUCCAGAUGUUGCAUGUAGUCCUUGGGGAUUAUGGGAGUUGGGACCCCAGCGACAGCAGCUGGAAAGCCACAGGUUGACUACCCCUUUGGGGGGAUUCGCUCCAAAUUUAUUUUAUUUAUCUGGAGUGUUUAUAACCUGAUGCCCAUUGAAUAUUUCGAAUCCAAGUUGGGAUCGACAAAAUUGACAUAUACAGGUGAGAGAGAUAAUACCCAUAUAAAAAUUUAUUAGCCCUUUCACAAAAACAAAUCAGCACUUUCCUCACAAAGCAAAGGACAGCAAUAAAAAAAGUCACAGCUACCUCUUUAUUGAAAAGGAAAAAUAUUUUUUAUAUAACAGCAAACAAAAUAGUGUUUCUUUCAUUUUCUGUACAGGCUGCAUACACGCCUCCCAUUUAAAUCACCUUUAUUGGGAACAGUAGUUUGCUAAGGGUGCUAUUGGAAUUGUAGGUCUGUGAGGGCAAACUACAGUUCCCAGAACACUUUGCGGGGUGAGCGUUAAGCGUGUGCUUUAAAUGCACGGUGAGCGUCCGUACGCAGUCCUUUGAGCGCCUGCCUCCCGCUCUGUCCCGCCUCCUCGAACGUCGUCCUGCGGCGAAAGUGGGAGGGGCGCGACGCGACGCGUGACGGAAGUACCGGCUCCAUUUUUUUCAUAUCCGCCCUUUUUCAGUCACGCGAGGGGUGGGGCCUCUUCUUUAGCCACGCCUCCGAAGUGGUCACGCCCUCCAACUUUAUAUCGUCUCCUUCGCUACACACACUUACACACAAAGAAACAAACAAACAAACAGCACUUCUCUCUGCGCACGCGUCCCGAGUCCCUUUCUGCCACGUCACUUCCGCCAGCCGGUGGUGACACUGUUUCCGGGUCCGGCUGAGUGGUUGAGGCGUCAGUUCUGUCAGGAACCAGCCGGUGAGUUAAGAGAAAGGGUUUUAUGUUCCGCCUUUUCUUUUCCUUGGCGGUUAGAGGGUGCGUGAAAUGUCAGUGUAUUGCGGUCGUUGGGGGUGGGUUUCUGUUUUGCUUUCUGGAGGGUGGUAGUAGUGCUGGAAAGAAAGGUGAGACGGUAAAUACGGUAAAUAGGGAAGGUUUGGCGCGGCUGUUAAGAGCCUCCGUCUUCCCCGUUCAUUUACCAUAUUUAUUGCCUAUAAAAGGACCAAGCAAAAGAUGCGAUAAAGUGUUCGGGUUCCCCAACGCUGUUCUUCAGGCGGCAUGUAAAAGGAAAAGGGUUCGAGGAGGGAAGAGGGGAAGAUUCAGGCAUCGUUAUUCAUUAUUUAUUUAUGAAUUAUUCUUACACUUACGUCCCACUUUUUCUCCAAGGAGGUCAAGGUGGUGUGCACACUUCUCCUUCGCGUUUUAUCCUCACAGCAUUUCAGGCUGAGAGAUAGUGAUUGACCCAGGGUAACCCAGUGAGCUUUAAUGGCUUUAACAGAGAUUUGAACCUGGGUCUUGCCACUUUUCAUUGGCUUUCACAGCAAUGAGGGGAGGGAAAUACCUAAUUUUCUUUUUCCCUCUUUCCAAGCCUUGCCCCACCAAAGCCUGAUUUUGUACAAUAAGUCUGAAGAAGACUUCUACAUAACUCAAAACCACACCACUGUUUUGCAGCAUUUUAGUUGACCCAAAUAAAGGUAUACUCCAGUGACUUUUUGUUUCCCUUUUUUAUGUUGUGACUUUUGUAUCAUUAUUGUUAGUGUUAACCUUGGGGCUUAAUUUACAAACAGGGUAUUGGUAACGUGUGUGUGUGUGUGUGUGUGUAAUUUCCCCUGAAAAGAAUAAAUCCAGAUUUAAUUAUGGGGUGAGUGAUGGGAUACACACUAGCAUUUUGAUGCUAGCAUCAUUGUUUGGGCACUGCAGAAAAAGGAAAACACCUGGCAUGCCUCAGAAGCUCUGAAUCAGUAAUAAAACUAUAUUUGGAAUCACCUACUUGAUAUUUUUUUAUUGUGCUUUAUUCAAGAGCAGGGACAUCAAGUCUUUCCAUGUCUCCAUAUUUUGCUCACACAACAAAGCUGGUCCAAAGGUUAUCCACUGAGGUUUGUGACCAAGUGGGAAUUUCAGACAAGAUCUUUCCUGGCUGAAACAUCCAUACCAUAAUGCCCUUUGCAAUCCUAAAUGUACUUCUAGCACAAGAAGAGCCUUUUAGGGUUAGACCCCAAAAGACCCAUCUAGUCCAGCAUUCUGUUUUCAUAGUGGCCAGCCAGAUGCCCAUUAUGGGAAACUUGCUAGCAAGACCUGAGAGUACUUGCUAGUGAGUAAGCCCCCUGGAAUACAGGUGGGGCAGGAUUGCAAUGUGGAUCUGGUUGCAUUGAACAUGGGUAUUAUAGUAGCAAUGUAAACAAUGAGGGGUUUGCUAUUCAAAGGCAAAACGCUUAAAGAUAAUGUUAUGCAAAUUUUGGAAGGCAAGAAUCAAGUUUAUUUAAGAUGCUUAAAGCAGCUUCAAAUGUCUGUAUUGACUCGUGCUCACUGCUUCGUGAGAUGGUUGGUUUUAUUUUUAAGCUUUCUCUUCUUGCUGUCUUCUACCCAAAGGGUCCCAAAAUAACUAAUGGAGUUUAAGGACAGUGAAUAAGGCAAAGAAGCAGCCUUUGCCAAUCUGGUGCCCUCCAGAUGUUUUGGACUGCUAUUCCCAUACAGCAUGGCUGUGCUGGUGGGGUCUGAAGGAGUUGUAGUCCAGCACAUGUGGACAGCACCAGGUUGGCAAAACAGUAGUUGCGAUAAAGUAUGGAGUAGAGCAGUGCACCAGUACCAAACCAGGUUUUUAAAAGCCAGUUUAAAGCUUUGUUUUAAAGAAACCUAAAAGUCUCCACCUGUCACUGAAAGGACGUUGAAUUGCCACAGCUGAAAAGGCCUUUUUGGGUCACAGCCCAGCUCACUUCUAACAAGUGGAAUCCAAAGAAAGUCUUCUCAGUAUUACCUUAGUGUCUGGACAGGUCCACGUAUAGGAGAAAAUGCCGUAUUUUUCGCACCAUAGGGCACACCGGACCAUAGGCCGCACCCAGUUUUUAGGGGGGGGGGGAUCAAGAAAAAAAAUAUUUUCCCCCCCAGCCCCAAAGAGCAGCAUACAGGCUGCGCACAACCUCUCCCUGCCGGAGGGGUUGCGCGCAGCUAUGGAGCAAGCCAAUGCAGCGAGCGGGAUGGAUCCCACUCGCUGUUUUGGCUUCCCCUUUAGCCCCGUGCAGCCUCUCCUUGCCAGGAGACGCUGCGCAGGGCUAAAGAAUCCAUAGCCCCAUGCAGUCUCUCCUUGCCGGAGGGGUUGCGCACAGCUAUGGAGCAAGCCAAGGCAGCGAGCGGGAUGGAUCCCGCUCGCUGUUUUGGCUUCCCCUUUAGCCCCGUGCAGCCUCUCCUUGCCGGAGGGGUUGCGCGCAGCUAUGGAGCAAGCCAAGGCAGGGGGCGGGAUGGAUCCCGCUCGCUGUUUUGGCUUCCCCUUUAGCCCCGUGCAGCCUCUCCUUGCCGGAGGGGUUGCGCGCAGCUACGGAGCAAGCCAAGGCAGGGGGCGGGAUGGAUCCCGCUCGCUGUUUUGGCUUCCCCUUUAGCCUCGUGCAUCCUCUCCCUCCCGGGAGAGGCUGCGUGGGGCUAAAGAAUCCAUAGCCCCGUGCAGCCUCUCCUUGGCGGGAGACGCUGUGCAGGGCUUUCCUGGCUUGUCUGGGAGGUGGCGGGAGUCCCUCACCUUUCGCAAAACCGGCAGAAGCCGCGCACACAUUAAAAGGGUUGCACGGCUUCUUCUGGCUUUCCUGGGAGGUGGGGGGAUUCCCUCACCUCUCGCAAAAGCCCGCAGAAGCCGCACAACCCCUUUAAAGAGAUCGCAGCUUCUCCUGGAUUUUCUGGGAGGUGGGAGAAGCAACUGAUGUGGCCGGUCAGUCCCUUCUCCCUCCUGGGGAAAAGCCCGCAAGAGCGCACGGAGCUUGUGUGCGGCUCUUGGGGGCUUUUCCCGACUGCCUCCCCCCUGCAUUCGCUCCAUAGGACGCACACACAUUUUCCCUUGCUUUUUAGGAGAGAAAAAGUGCGUCCUAUGGUGCGAAAAAUACGGUACUCAUUAAGGUAGCUGUGUUAGAAUUUUAAACAAACACCAGCACAUUGAGUUGUGUCUGAAAGAUUGUCAAAAGAUGUCUCAUAUGCCCAGUCCCAGACAGCAGUCUUUUCUGUAGGAAGAAUAUAAGACAGAAGCACAGCUCAUCGUAGCUGCUCCUAAGGGGGUUUGCCUCUACUGCAAUAAGCAACUGAUAAGGGGUAAAUACAGUAAUAAUUACUGUAGUGCUUAGCACUAGGAUCAGUGAUAAGAGAUCCCUUAUCUCCUGUCUUAGCACUUAGUGCUUACACUGGAGAUAACAGAUCUGUGUGCCUGAUAUAUAGCGUGAGCAUCGCUUGUCUUAAAAUGAUCCCACAGGCCAAAUUUGACUUUCCCCACCCCUUCAGUAACAGGUGAUGGUGGGGAGUGCAUUGACAUUACUGUAGUCUAAUGUGAGUUGGUGGGAAACUGAAUAUGGCAAGAAAUUCAAAGAGCAUCAUACCGGGGGCCAAAUAUGAUCUCUCGGAGCCAGAAUGUAUAAAUAAAGAGUGCCUCUGGCUAUGUUCUCAACUAUAUGUAAAUAACAGGCAUGUAAGUUAAAAAUGCUUUUCAAACAUAAACUUAGAAAUUGCAUUAGAAAAGCUAAAAAGUCUAGGCAUAAUUUAUUAACAUUGCCUGCCAUUAGGCAUUUGCUGCCACCAUCCCACCUGCUUCUAGAACUAGAGAAGAGUGCUUCCUGGUUGGUGAUAGUGAUUUCUGGGCACACAAGCUGUGGCACCUCUUGCUAAGUGUUGGUUCAGAGUGGAUCCUGUAAGUCAUCCUUUUGGUUCAAGUUUGAGGGUGUCAUCAUGCGAUUUGGUAGUGAGAGGCAGAGUUAAAUAUGUGGGGAAGCUUAAGUUACUACCACAAAUCAGCCUGCAAUGUUCAUGAAGUACUUUCAAGGUCAGCAUGUUGGACAGGUGGUGUCAAGUGUCCUAUAGCUCCUGCAGGGCUGUCAGGAAAUCCAGUGAAUAAUUCAUGGUUGCUCGGGGAGAUGGUGUUAGGUAGACAGAGAGGCCGAGCCAGGAGAUGGUAAUUCCCCUUCAUGUGGCUUCAGUGAGACCUCUUCUUGAGUUCUUUUAUCUUGCAUUGGGGGCCCUGCUUUGAUGUUGCAACCUGUGUUCUGCCUCUUUCAUAUAUGUCACUGGUAGCGUCCCUGUGACUUCCAACAUACUUGAAGCCAACAAAAUCAGAAGAGCCAAGUAUUGGUAUGGGCCGGAAUUUCUAAUGAUGUUUUUAGUGUUGUGUCUCAUUCUGUCUUGAUAGCUUGAGCCCAUCAAUCAAGGGCACAUCUUGUGGUUUAAAUUUUACAAUUUUAAUGCCUUAUGGAGUUUAUUUUUAUUGGGAUACUUGUAAAUAUUGUAAAACAUGAUUCAGAAGUACAUAAUCUUUUGUAUUGGUUUUAAGAAAAAGAUGAAGGAACUGAAGACUGUUAAAAGGUCUGAAACCUGAGUACAAAUGUGGUUCCCAGUGACAGUAGCUUCAAAAAACAUUAGUUACGAUUUUGUUUUUAGAUUUGACUAGUAUUGUAUCUGUUCCAGUACUUUGGCUUGCAUUGAGGUUGGGGUGGGUGGACAGAAGAGAGUUGGAGAGCAAUGUAGGUUUAGAAUUCAAGGAGUUCAAAAUUGUUCCAAACAUAGAUUUUGAUCUUGAACUAAUUCUUGCAGAUUGCCUAAUCUGUGUCUACUGAACUGUAUUGUCAGAUUUGGUCAUUACAAAUACACCCCCUUAAUUUUGAAAUAGCACUGGGCAAUGAGCCCCUUGAGGGAGAGGAACUGAUUGGAUGGAAGAUAAAUCAGGCACAGACUGCUGUGUGCUUGUGCCUUGACUGUCUGAACUGUGGUGAUCCUGCCUUUGAGGGCCUGUCUGGCUGUUGA